AUGGCAGAGAUAACGCUGAUCUCCACCCUGUCCAGAAGAAUUUCAAAUCCAUAUUUGGAAACCCCUGCAAAUAAGAUUUAUGGAGAAAGUUCUUCCUGUGCUGGGAGAGCUCUCAGGAAUAUUUUUACUCUACAAGCUUCUGACCUGAUUAAAGACAGGGUGUACCUUACUGGCAUUUGCAGGAGAAGUUGUGUGGGAUCAGAGCUCGUAGACUGGCUUUUGGAGCAGUGCCCUUUUGUCAAGUGCAGAUCUACAGCAGUUGGAGUGUGGCAGCUCCUCCUGGAUAUGGGCAUUAUAUUGUCAGUGGACAGACAACUCUAUUUUCAAGACAGCCAUGCUUUCUACCAGUUCUCAGCGGAUGAGUGUACCUACCUUUUCUGUGAAUUUGAGAAAGAGGAAACAUGGAAGAAUGGAGUAAAGCUCCUACUUCAACUACUGCCACUGUCUCCUCCCAGGAUUGACAUGUGCAAUCUGCCUGAUCAAAAAAUAGAAGAUACUGCAGAAACCAAUGCUGAAAUUCUUGCUCGUCUCACUUCUGCGGUACAGAGAGAACUGGCUGCUGUCAUUGCCUUGAAAGCAAGGAAGUCAGCAAUUCAUCAAAAUGAAGAAAACAGCAGUCAAGAAAUAAGAGGACUAGAAGAGCUCAAGGAUACCUCUGAUGCACAGGCAGGAGUUUUAUGCAAGCUUCAGGGAAGAGAUGACAUCGGGCGGAUCGAGCUGGUCCAAAAGCUGGCGAGAGAGAACUGCCAGUUUUUGCAGGCGGACAGAAGAGCGCUGGAGAAAGCAGAGCAAGCGGACGAUGGAGGCGGCGGCGAGCGGGCGCGGGAGGCGGCCGGCGCGGCGCUGGUGCUGCGGAAGGUGUGGUCACGCAGCCCGGCCCCCGAGCGGCGCGGGAGAUACGUGGUGGUGUCGGGGACGCCGGAGAAGAUUUUGGAGCAUCUCCUCAGCGACCUGCACCUGGAAGCCGCCCAGGACAAAGAGACGGAAACUCUCCUGGAUGAUUUCCUUCUCACAUACACGGUUUUCAUGACGACUGAUGACUUGUGCCAGGCACUCCUGAGGCACUAUUGUGCUAAGAACCACCAAGGGAAAGAAGACGAGUCUGAUGUGUCCUGUAGGAAAAGAAAAGUCUUGCACUUGGUGUCUCAGUGGACUUCUCUCUACAAAGACUGGUUACAUGAAGAUGAGCAUUUAAAGCAAUUUUUAAAGACAAUAUACAGAAAUGUGUUAGAUGAUGUGUAUGAGUAUCCCAUUCUUGAGAAGGACCUGAAAGAAUUUCAGAAGAUACUUGGGAUGCAUCGCCGUCACACCGUAGAUGAGUAUUCACCUCAUCGAAAGAAUAAAACCUUUUUCCAGCAGUUCAGUGUAAAGGAGAACUGGCUGCAGCACAGAGGAACCAUGAAUGAAACAGAAGAAAUUUUCUGCCGUGUGUAUAUAACAGAGCACUCCUAUGUCAGUGUGAAAGCUCAAGUGUCGACUUCAGCUCAAGAGAUCCUGAACAUCGUGGCAGAAAAGAUCCAGUACCCAGAGGAGGAGCUGGCACUGGUGACAGUCUCAUUCUCGGGUGAAAAACAUCAGCUACAACCAAAUGAUCUGGCUAUCUCAAAAUCUUUGGAGUCAUCCAGUCGUAUGUUUGUGUACCGAAAAGAUCUGACUGAUUCUUUGAACCCAUUUUCUGAAAAUGAGGAAUUGCAGCAAAGAUCUGUGAGGAUUUUGGGAAUUAACACCUGGGAUCUUGCCUUAGAACUAACAAAUUUUGACUGGAGUCUCUUCAAUGCAAUUCACGAGCAAGAGCUGAUAUACUUCACGUUCAGCAGACAGGGCAGUGCUGAAAACACUGAGAAUCUCAGUCUUCUGCUUCAAAGGUGCAAUGAGGUCCAGCUUUGGGUUGCCACCGAGAUACUCCUCUGUAGCCAGCUCUGCAAACGUGUACAGCUGGUGAAAAAGUUCAUCAAGAUUGCUGCCCACUGUAAAGCCCAAAGAAAUCUGAAUUCAUUCUUUGCAAUUGUCAUGGGUCUCAACACUGCAUCUGUCAGCCGGCUGUCUCAGACCUGGGAGAAAAUUCCUGGGAAGUUCAAGAAACUUUUCACUGAGCUUGAAAGUUUGACGGAUCCUUCUCUGAAUCACAAAGCUUACAGAGAUGCAUUCAAGAAAAUGAAAUCUCCGAAAAUCCCCUUCAUGCCCUUACUUCUGAAAGAUGUAACAUUCAUCCAUGAAGGAAAUAAAACAUUUCUGGAUAACCUUGUUAAUUUUGAAAAGCUGCACAUGAUUGCAGAUACUGUUCGGUCGUUGAGACAUUGCAGAAAUAACCAAUUUGGCAAUGAAGUUCCUUCGAAAGAGCACCACGAGCUGAAGCCAUACGUCCACCACCUGCAUGUCAUCGACAACCAGCAAGCUCUGUUUGAGCUCUCCCACAGGAUAGAGCCGCGAGUGUGAGCGUUCACAGCUUCCUAAAACCUUGUAACUGCAGCACUUUGAAUUAAGUGAAUGUUUAUGCCAAGCAUGUUGCUUCCCUUUAUGAGAACGGUUUACUGAGUUUUAUCAGUAGCUCACACAACAUGCGCAGGAAAAUCAGGCAGGAGCCAGCAAAGGAGCUGCUCACGGAGUUGCAGGGCAAGCUUGGUGCCAUUCCCGCUGGUCUCUGGGCAACCUGAGGGAGUGGAGCAGUGUCCUUUGAGCUCAGGAGCUUGGUUUCUGUGAAAAUAUUGUUUGGUCCAGUGUAGCUUUCAAUGCAGAUUCUGCCAGUAUUAGAAAGGAAAGAAUCAUCGUGUCACAGCAGCAAAACAUUUCAGCAAGCAACAUGCCGCAAGGGGAUGGAUUCCCAGUUCACCACAGUAUGUACCUCACUAAUUCAAGGCUGCCAAAAGUAUUGUUGCCAAAAAUAAUGUGCAAUCUGUGCAGCUCCCAUGAGGCCACUGGAGCAUAGUAUUUGAGAUGUGUGAGCAACCUAUAACAGGAAUAUAACAAGGCAGUGCAACCAGAUGAAACUCAAGAGUGUGUUGUGAUGUGGAGGUCAGCAGUAAACAGUUCAGUCUGUUAUGACUCCUUCAAGAAUAUGCUUUAUAAAACACGCUGUAAGAGCCAGUCCACUUCUGUUGCAGUUUAUGGACACAAUUGUUUGCACACUGAAAACAUGUUAUUUUCUUCCUUUAUCUCAGAUUUAGCAUUGGCUCCUGCAGUUAAUGUCUUAUAAGUUAUUAUAGCAGGAGCUUUAUUUUCUGCUUGGAUUACAGCCUGUUUGGUAUCUAUUCAUAGGCAAAUACCUAGAUCAUCUAUAUUUCUAAUUCCCCCCUACUGGAAAUAAUAUUUCAGUAAGUAUUACUUCACCUAACUUGCACAUGCUUCUCGUUUUUGAAGAACAGAAAGGUGCCCCUUCCAGGAUCCCAGGAUUACCUGCAUACACACCAGGCUCUCAGCAUCAUGGUCCCUUUACUGCUUUUGUCCCUUUCACAGCCCUCCCCAUGGCAAUUCUCAUGUAGUUAAAAGUACUGCAUCUGGCCCUGUGCUAUCUACAGCUGACCUGCAUCUUGAGCACCACCAUCACCUGGUUUCCAGUGCUAAGAAGUUGCCCUGAAAUGAUCCAGUGGAUGCCACAGGCGAUGUGCAGGGUUCUCUUUGGCUUGUGUUUGUGCACUGACUCUCGGUGACAGUCCCUUUACAGAGCAGGGAGGAUACACUGCAUUGCUUGCCCAUCUCUGCUGUAUGUUUUCCACAUGAGGAAGGCUUCCAAGAAAAUGCUCCUUUACUAAAAUGUGGGAAUACUGAAGUAGCAUGCUCUUCAUCAUUGUGUUAUCUCUGGUUUAAAGGGAUUUAAACAAAAAGCAGCUUUAACAAGUAGUCUGUGGGGGAAUCUGUAGAAUGCAUUCAGUUUUCCCAUCUGUGAAAUAUUGUAUAGAUCUAUUGUAAAGGAAACAGAUGUUUCAGAAAUGUAUUUGCUUGUACUUUGUUAUUAUCAAAUAUUAUAUGAUUUUUUUUAAGAAAAAAAUUUCUUUUUACCCAGUAAAAAGAAAAAAAAAAAUAAACUCUUGCUGGCCAUGGAGUAAAAAUUUCCUAUGUUCUUCUGUAGAUGUGACUGCACAUAUUGUAAAUAACUCUUUUGUGCAAACAGACCAAAACUGUUCAAAUGAAGAUGCUAGCUGUGGUGGGCUCCUUUUUGCAGUGUAAGAACAAAAACCAGAUACAAUUUGUUGCUUGUGUUUUUGCAGUUCUUCCUAGGGCUACAGCACUUGGAGUUCCCAAUCUAGCUGCAUUACCUGGAUGCUUUCCUGGGUUUUGAGCUCCCUCUUGUGAAUUUUUUUUUUACUGUGGCAUUCUUUUUAGGAGCCUGUGUGUAGACCAGCUUGCAUGCUUCAGCUUGUGUGGUGUAACACUCUAGUCCACAAAGUUGUUCUGGAAAUCUGUGGGAGAGGGAGCAUUCAAAGGUAUUCAGGGUGAGAAGGUGGGGCUGUUUCUCAGUUCACUGCAUUUGGCUCUGUGAUAGCUUUGGUGGCUACCGUGGAUGAAGCAACAGCUGUGCUGGAGAAGAAUAAAAGGAAAUGGAAGAAGGGAAAGGAAAAAAAAAAAAAAGAUGAUUCGGUGCCAAGGCUUUGAUUUGAAAGCCUGAUAGACCUACCUGGAACACUCCUCACUCUGCCAACUCAAAAUGAAAUAAAGGGAUGGGUUAACUCAUACCAGUAGGCUUUGAGCCAGCUGAGGUGUUGGCUUUCUGCACCGCUGUAAUUUCACACUAAAUCGGGUGGUGUCUACCACUUGCAGCUGGCAUAAAAUCAGUUUGAAGGCACACAGCCGGCAUUAACCUUGCUAUCUGUGCUGUGACUAAUUAAACAACUAGUCAGAGCUUUACAAACUAGUUUUUAUAGUGGCCUGUAUAACUUGGAUUUAAGAUUCAGGUGCGGGUCCAACAUGGCUGCAUCAAUUUAAUGUUAAGAACUGGGCCUUAAAAUUGUUGCUAUAAAGGAAAAGUAAAUAGCCCAAACCUAUAGCUAAUAUGUCUAAUUUAAAAAAUGCCCUUCUAUGUCUUCAUUCCACAGGUAAAGUAUUGCAGAGCCUUGUUGCAGUCUGGUAAGCAGUUUGAAGAUCUGGAAGUUAGGAGAAGAACUAGAAGUAAACCCUGUAUUAGGGAAAGGCAGCAUUAUACAGCCUCUGCCAGGGUCCAGCAGUGGUGAUAUUGUGUGAUUUUUUUACGUCCUUCAAUAGUGCAAUUAGGUUACAUGGUAUAAAAUCUAUAAAUCUUGUAAAUUCCAUUUAUCACAAUCACAUCUGGGGUUAAAUACUCUGCAUACUCUUUUUUUUAGUAUCUAAGAGUAAUUAGACAGAACAAAGGAAAGAGCUUGUGUCACUUUAUACCCCUUUGAUGUGGGAUUUUGUGGCAACAAAUUUAGAUGUUUCUCUAACACAGCUUUUUGAUUCCAACAUCAUCUUGAAUAGCAAUAAAUUUCAUUUGCAUAGCAGUGGCAAAAGAAAGAGUGUUAGCAGAAAUAAGACCUGUGCUACUGUAAAAUUACAAAGAAAGAUGUAAAUACUAAACAUUUUAGCAGAGUAAUAUUUAUUUGCAUAGUCUAUUAUUUAUUGUCAUCUUAUACACUGUUAAACACUGGGAUGAAGUCAAUGAGCUGAGGUAAGAACACCUGCCUGUUCUCUCUUGAGUGCCAUAAUGGUGUCAGCUUACAUUAAAAAUAAUAAAAUAGCAACCCCCAAAUCAAGGUAUUUACUUAACUUCUCAGGGACUACAGCUAGUAGUUAUCCACCAUCAUGAGACCUGGUAUGUAUGAAAUAAUCUGAUUUACCAGAAUCAAUGUUGCCAAUGUUUUCCUUUGCAUAUUUCAUGCUUGUUUGCCUCUGUACAUAUUAUUGUGUUGUGUAUUUAUGAGAGCUAGUAAGCAAUAAUUUAUAUGUCAAAAUGGCCAAGCAAUACAAGGUUAAAACUUGUAGAAGCAACUGUUAUGUUUAUCUUGCAUUUUCCAGUGUUUUUUAAUAUUGCUUUUCAAAA